AUGGCAAACAAUAAAAGAAAAUGUUUUACAUGUCAUAGAGAAAACAAUACAUAUACUUGCGAAGGAUGUUCAAAAAGAUUUUGUGCUACACAUAUACCAGAACAUCAACAAAGAUUAAAUGAAGAAUUAAAUCAUAUUAUUGAUCAUUAUAAUAAAUUUAAACAAACAAUUAAUGAACAAAAACAAAAUCCACAUGAUCUUUCUUUAGUAAAUCAAAUUAACCAAUGGGAAAUAAAUUCAAUUGAAAUAAUUCAACAAAAAGCAGAAGAAUGUAGAGAACUUGUUAUUAAAUCAUCACAAACAUUUAUUAAUAAUAUUGAACACGAAUUUAAUGACUUAAAUAAACAAAUACAACAACUUCAGAAAGAAAAUGACUUUAAUGAAAUUAGUUUAAAUGAUUUAAGAAAUCAAUUAGUAGAAAUUACAGAAGAAUUUAAUAAGCCAUCAAAUAUUUCUAUUCAACAAAACUCACAAACAUUUAUCAGUGAUAUUUCCAUUAUUUCAUCAAAAAAACCAAAAUUCACCAAAUGGAAACAAUAUGCUAUCACUGUGGCUGGUGGGAAUGGGAGAGGAGAAGAAUUAAAUCAACUCAAGGGCCUUGCAGGAAUCUUUAUUGAUAAAAACAAAAAUAUUUCUAUUGCUGAUUACUAUAAUCAUCGUAUUGUUGAAUGGAAAUAUAAUGCAAAGCAAGGACAAAUCAUUGCAGGCGGAAAUGGGCAAGGAAAUCGAAUGGAUCAAUUAAAUUAUCCAUCAAAUGUGAUUGUUGAUCAACAAAAUCAUUCGAUCAUCAUUGCUGAUGUUGGGAACGCCCGAGUGAUCCAAUGGAUGAAUCAAAAGCAACAAAUUCUUAUUGACAGUAUUUUGUGUUGGGGUUUGGCAAUGGAUAAACAUGGAUUUCUUUAUUGUUCUGAUUGGUUGGAGAAUGCAGUGAAACGAUGGAAAAUGGGAGAAUACAACGACGAAAGAAUUGUAGUGGCAGGUGGAAAUGGACAAGGAAAUCAACUUAAUCAGCUCAAGAAUCCUACUUUUCUUUUUGUUGAUGAAAAUCAAUCUGUUUAUGUGUCAGAUUAUCACAAUAAUCGUGUGAUGAAAUGGAGAAAAGAUGCAAAAGCGGGAACAAUUGUGGCUGGAGGAAAUGGUCAUGGAAGAAAUCUUAAUCAGUUGUCUUGUCCUCAAGGACUCAUUGUUGAUGAUUUUGGUCGAAUCUAUGUAGCAGAUUUUUAUAAUCAUCGUGUAAUGCGCUGGAGUGAAGGAAAAGAAGAAGGUGAAAUUAUUGUUGGUGGAAAUGGUGAAGGAAAUCAAUCAAAUCAGUUGAAUCUUCCUCGUGAUUUAUCUUUUGAUGAUGAAGGAAACCUUUACGUUACUGACUAUUUUAAUCAUCGAAUUCAAAAAUUUGAAAUAUGA